AUGUCCAUCCCCAACGAAGCUCUGCAGAAGAUCCUGCAAGAAAUCGAGGCCCAGGCCAUCAGCUCCCAACAGCAAUUGGGCAUUACCAAGGCUCAGAUCACCACCAAACAGCGUGACAUCCGCAUGCUCGAGCUCACAUCCAAGGAGAUUGGAGACCUACCCAAAGAGACGCGUGUGUAUGAGGGUGUUGGAAAGAUGUUCGUCGCAGUCCCCAUCCCCACCAUCGACAGGCGGAUAUCCAGCGAGAGCAACGAGCUCAAAUCCGAGAUCACGGGAUUGGAGAAGAAAUUACAUUACUUGGAGAUGACGCAUAAGAAUAGCCGGGAGAACUUGGAGCAGAUCUUGAAGGCCGGGCGCGCUUGA